AUGCGGUCCAGGUUUGAUGACCUUAGCGUCUGGCAGAGUGUGCGUCGCUAUAAGCACGUCGGCCUCAUCGCUAUGACUGCGGCCUUUUGUGCCUCUUUAGAUGGAUAUCAGAUCAACCUCAACGGUGGCAUCGUCUCCAACAAGGGCUUCAUCCGCCAGUUCGCUAGCCCUGGGACAACCAUCAUUGCUGGCAAAUACAUCUCGGCUUGGGGAGGCAUUCAGUCUGCCGGCCAAACUGUCGGCCAAGUUCUUCUUCAAUACGCCACUGAAGGUCUGGGCCGCAAGCCUGCGCUUCUGAUUAUCUGGGUUACCCUUGCCGCUAGCAUCUUCACUGAGACAUUCGCUACCUCCUGGGAUCACUGGCUGGUCGCGAAACUUCUCUCCGGUAUGGGUGUUGGUAUGCUGCAAUCCACCAUGCCUCUGUAUCUCUCCGAGAUCUCGCCCACCCAGCUAAGGGGUUUCUUCAUCAACGCGUAUACAUUCUGGUUUGUCCUGGGUCAACUCUUUGCUUCUGUCGCUCUGAACAGGCUCAACGCCAGUAACCCAUACGACUUCCGGGAUGCCAUCUACACACAGGCAAGUCCAACAUCAAGCCGCUUUCGAUCAUCACUAACUCUUCAGCAGUGGGGAAUGAUUGGCGUCAUUCUGAUCAUAUUCCUCUUUCUCCCCGAGAGCCCUUGGUGGCUGGCCAGCAAAGGCAAGACUGAGCAGGCCGCCAAGGUUCUGCGCCUGUGCUACGGACGCGUUGAGGGCUACGAUGUCCAGGAACAAAUUGAUAUCAUGACCGCCACGGUCGCAAUGGAGCGCGCACAAGCUGAGCGGGACCAGGAGGUCGGUCCAUGGGCAGUCUUCCGUGGCCGCAACCUCAUCCGUUUCAUCAUUGCUGGAUGGCCCAAGGUUACCCAGCAAUUCGUCGGCCUGGCCGUCUUCAACACUUACGCGACAUAUUUCUUUCAAUACGCCGGCAACAAGGAUCCUUUCCUCGUGACCCUGAUUCUUUCCAGUGUCCAGCUCAUUUCCAUGAUCGCCACAGCCACUCUUACCGAUCAAGUCGGUCGCCGGCCAUUGACGGUAUAUCCCUACGCCGUUACUGUCGUGUCGGUUCUGUGCCUUGGCAUCAUCGGUUGCUUCGACUAUACUGCCAAGGCCACUAGCUCACUUCUUAUCUUCUUUGCCUGCCUCGCAACCUUCUCGACUACCGGUGCCUCAGCCAUCGGCUACGCCUACGCCACUGAGAUUCCGCAACAGCGCCUCCGUGCUCGUACCGCUGGAUGGUCUCUUGCCGUGUCGAACAUGAUCGCCAUCAUGUUCAGUUUCUGCACGCCUCUGAUGAUCAAUGGUUCUGUGACUCAUUGGGGUGUUAAGACCGGAUUUUUCUUUGCGGGAACCGGUACUGUCGCCGUCGUGAUCGCCUGGUUCAUUCUUCCCGAGGUUGCCCGCCGAACGCCCGGUGAAAUCGACGAAAUGUUCGAGAAGAAGGUCAGUCUUCGCGGCUUUAAGAACUACGUUACCGAGGUCCAGCUCAACGCAGAGCACCACCAAGAUAAGACACAGGGCGAGGCUUGA